UCACCCCCCAGCCACCGGCUCUAUGGCAGCGUGAGGAGUAUCUCUGAGUAUCCGUGGUGGAAACCGACCUAAACACUGGUCUGGGAACUGAUAAACAAACGCAACAAAUAACGCGGUGCGUAAAAGCUCUCCACGGCGCUGGUUGUGGGUGCGCACGGAUACUGUGCCAGCAGUCCAAGAAUCCAAGAAGACUACGACGUGUUUCUUUGGUUGUUUAUUUCUGUGAGUGUGUGGGAAAAAAACGAGGAUAUCUUAAUUGGACAUGUGAGUUACGGGAGUUAACAAGACAAGCAGCCUUUUCGAAGAUGAAGUUCCACGCUUGCGUUCUCGUCACUUUGUUGGUGAUCGGAUCGAGUGCAGCACAGUCAGUUUGUCCCGGCACAGAGAACAAGUUGAGCACUCUGUCUGACCUGGACCAGCAGUACCGCACCCUGAAGAAGCUCUACGAGAACUGUGAAGUCGUAAUGGGCAAUUUGGAGAUUACCAGCAUCGAUCGAAACCGCAACCUCUCCUUCCUAAAGUCAAUCAGAGAAGUGACCGGCUACGUGUUGGUGGCUCUAAAUCAGUUCGACUACCUGCCGCUGGAGAACCUGCGGAUCAUCCGUGGCACCAAACUGUACGAGGGACGCUACUCUCUGGCUAUCUUCCUCAACUACAGGCGGGACGGGUACUACGGCCUGAGGCAACUGGGCCUGCGCAACCUCACAGAGAUCCUGAAUGGGGGUGUUUAUGUUGACCAGAACAAAUUUCUGUGCCAUGCGGACACCAUCCAUUGGCGAGACAUUAUCAAGAACCCUCAGGCUGAGCUGCUGGUGGUACCAUCCAACAACAGCAACCUUGGAUGCAAACGCUGUCAUCGCUCAUGUAACGGACGCUGCUGGGGCCAUCAGGAAGACCAGUGUCAAACCUUGACAAAGACAGUGUGUGCAGAGCAGUGUGACGGUCGAUGCUUCGGGCCUUACGUCAGCGACUGCUGCCAUCGCGAGUGUGCCGGCGGCUGCUCGGGCCCCAAGGACACGGACUGCUUCGCUUGCACCAAUUUCAACGACAGCGGAGCAUGCGUGACCCAGUGCCCUCAGCCGUUUGUGUACAACCCCACUUCUUUUCAGUUAGAGCACAACCCCAGAGCCAAGUACACCUAUGGAGCUUUUUGUGUCAAGAAAUGCCCACAUAAUUUCGUGGUGGACCACAGCUCCUGUGUCAGAGCAUGUCCCAGCAACAAGAUGGAAGUGGAGGAGAACCGCAUUAAAAUGUGCAUUCCCUGUACCGACAUCUGUCCUAAAGUGUGUGAUGGCAUAGGGACGGGCAGCCUGCAGACAGCUCAAACUGUGGAUGCCAGCAAUAUUGAUAAAUUUGUCAACUGCACCAAAAUAAACGGCAACCUCAUCUUCCUCAUUACAGGCAUUAAAGGGGACAUGUAUCAUGGUAUUGGACCUUUGGACCCUGAGCGUCUAAACGUGUUCCGCACUGUAAAGGAGAUCACAGGUUAUCUCAACAUCCAGUCUUGGCCUGAGAACAUGACAGAUCUGAGUGUUUUUUCAAGCCUGGCAACCAUUGGAGGUAGAUCUCUUUACAGUGGAAGUGGUAUUUCUCUGUUGAUCUUGAAGCAGCGUUGGAUCUCAUCGCUUCAGUUCCAGUCGCUGGACGAGAUCAGCGCCGGAAGCGUCUACAUCUUCAACAACAGCCGCCUGUGCUUCUACAACACUGUCAACUGGACGUCUCUCUUUAGGACCUCAAGCCAGAAAGUCCUCAUCCGCAACAACCGAGAUCCAAAGGAAUGCACUCAGCAGCGAAUGGUGUGCGAUCGGAUGUGUUCGGACGACGGGUGCUGGGGUCCGGGGCCUGACCAGUGUCUUUCCUGCCGAUAUUUCAGACGAGGCCGAACCUGUGUUGAGUCCUGCAACCUCUUUGACGGGGAAAUGCGUGAAUUUGCCAAUGGAUCUGUGUGCCUGGAGUGUGAUAGCCAGUGUGAGAAGAUGGAUGGGAACACCAUGACAUGUCUUGGCCAGGGCCCAGACCAGUGUGUGAAAUGCCUCCACUUCAAAGAUGGACCCAACUGUGUGGAGAAGUGCCCUGAUGGGUUGCAAGGGGCCAACAGUUUCAUCUUUAAGUACGCCAAGGCCAACAACGAGUGCCAUCCCUGCCAUGCCAACUGCACCCAGGGGUGCGUCGGGCCAAGGCUCCAAGAUUGUGUCGGGAUGAUGGACAGGACGCCACUAAUAGCAGCUGGCAUUAUCGGCGGCCUAUUUAUCAUCGUCAUUCUGGCGCUCAGCGUGGCCGUUACUGUCCGACGCAAGAGUAUCAAGAAGAAGAGGGCCUUGCGGCGCUUCUUGGAGACAGAGCUGGUGGAGCCCCUGACCCCCAGUGGAACGGCCCCUAACCAGGCUCAGCUGCGGAUCCUGAAAGAAACUGAGCUGAAGAGAGUCAAGAUUCUGGGCUCUGGAGCUUUUGGAACAGUCUACAAGGGCAUCUGGGUCCCAGAAGGUGAGACAGUGAAGAUCCCUGUGGCUAUUAAAAUCCUCAAUGAGACCACCGGUCCUAAAGCCAACGUGGAGUUCAUGGACGAGGCCCUGAUCAUGGCCAGCAUGGAGCACCCCCACCUGGUGCGUCUGCUGGGCGUGUGCCUGAGCCCCACCAUCCAGCUGGUCACCCAGCUCAUGCCUCACGGCUGCCUCCUCGACUACGUGCACGAGCACAAGGACAACAUCGGAUCGCAGCUGCUGCUCAACUGGUGUGUCCAAAUCGCCAAGGGGAUGAUGUACCUGGAGGAGAGGAGGCUGGUCCACCGGGACCUGGCAGCCCGGAACGUGCUGGUGAAGUCGCCCAAUCACAUUAAGAUCACGGACUUCGGCCUGGCGCGGCUGCUAGAUGCUGACGAGAAGGAGUACAACGCAGACGGGGGCAAGGUUGGUAUGCCCAUUAAAUGGAUGGCUCUUGAAUGCAUCCACUACAGGAAGUUCACCCAUCAGAGUGACGUGUGGAGUUAUGGGGUGACCAUUUGGGAGCUGAUGACAUUCGGAGGCAAACCAUACGACGGCAUCCCCACGCGAGAAAUCCCAGACAUUCUGGAGAAAGGGGAGCGUCUGCCCCAGCCACCCAUUUGCACAAUAGAUGUCUACAUGGUCAUGGUCAAAUGCUGGAUGAUUGACGCAGACAGCAGGCCGAAGUUCAAAGAGCUGGCUGCUGAGUUCUGCAGAAUGGCCCGUGACCCCCAGCGAUACCUGGUCAUCCAGGGAGAUGACCGCAUGAAGCUUCCCAGCCCCAAUGACAGCAAGUUCUUCCAGAGCCUUCUGGACGAGGAGGACCUGGACGACUUCAUGGAUGCUGACGAGUAUCUGGUGCCUCGGGGUUUUAACAUGGCUCCUCCAUCGUACACAACCAGGCCUCGUGUUGACUCCAACAGAAACCAGUUUGGCUAUCGAGAUGGUGGUCCAAACCCUGCAGAGGCCUCUGUGGCAGGUGCCCAAGCCUGCGUGAACCAGGACGCCACAGGUGGACCGGGUCCGGCCCUGGAAGACCAACGCUGUAACGGGAGCCUGCAUAAGAAGAGCCUGAACCAGGCUGGGGGAGAGGACAGUGGGGGCCAGAGGUACAGCGCUGACCCCACCAUCUUCUUGGGGGAGAGGGCGCCCAGAGGGGACACUGAUGAGGACGGAUACAUGACACCCAUGAAGGACAAGAGCUCCUCAGAAUAUCUCAAUCCCGUUGAGGAAAACCCAUUUGUAUCGCGACGUAAGAACGGUGAGAUCCAUGCCUUGGAUAACCCGGGCUACCACAGCACACCCAACAGCCAGCCCAAAGGAGAGGAUGAGUACAUCAACGAGCCCCUAUACCUCAACACCUUCCACAGCCCCGCGGAGCUGGGCCUGGAAGCCCUGAGGAGAAAUGGUCUGCCCCUACCCACCCAGCCCUCUUCCUCUAUCCCCUCUUCGGGCUCCCACCUUCCGCUUACUAUCCAGGCCAGCCUGCCCCACUACCCCCUCCCCACGGCCCAGCCCUCUCCAUCUGGCAUGCCUUGCCACCACGGCCCACCGACCCACAUCCUCCAUGCCCACCACACCAUCAAACCUGCAGGACAACCUGGCAAUCCAGGUGGCGGCUCCAUCAGCCAGAGCCAAACAGGAACUUCUGCCCAAGCCCAGGUGUGCCAGUCAGGUGCCCUGUCCACUUCGGCCACCAUUGGGCACGGCAGCCUGCCAGCAUAUCAGAUCCAUGCUACCACGCACCCAGCCAGCACUAGCCUGCUGAAGCACGGACAGACGUCAGGUAAAGUCAGCGGGAAAAAGCUGAAGGUAACCUUUGACAAUCCAGAAUACUGGCAGCACAGCUUGCCUCCCAAAUCCUCUAACCAGGCGGUCCCUGACGGCGCCCAGGGCGGUUCCACCAACGCCAAGCUCUUCUAUAAGCAGAAUGGACACAUACGGCCUGCGGUAGCUGAAAACCCUGAAUACAUGUCUGAGUUUUCCCUGAAAUCUGGCACCGUCUUGCCACCUCCACCCUACCGGCAGCGAAACACUGUGGUCUAAAUCGUUUCACUUGACAAAAGUUCCCCAAUCAGACUCUAGCCUCCAGCAACCCAGACAUCCUCUCCGGUUCCACUGUUCCACACAGAGGGGAGCGGCCACAACCAGAGGCCCCAACUCUUUCCAAAUAACGUGCCAUCUGCUGUAGCUGUAGCGACAUCAGAGCGAUGUGGACCGAACUGAGCCAGGCAGACCCAACUCAAACUCCCGCACCUUUACUAUAUCCAAUCCAGUCCAUUUAUGUCCUGUAGAUAGAGACUCUAUGUCACUGAAAAUGUGAAGGUUACGGUAGUUUUUGGCAUACAACAGACAUAUGACUGUCACAUAGCAGGGCGCGUAUCGUGUUGACCCGGCGAGGCAGAACACAAUGGCGUCAAACAAGAUGGAUUCAGCUUAUGGGACCUGAACUCACUGCCAGCCACUGUGGUGUCCAAUUCAUGAAAGGAACAAUAUGUUUUAUUAUUUUUCCAACAUAAAGGUCGGAGGAUGAACGUUGAAUACGUUUCUAAGGGUUUCUGAAAUAAGCAACCAAACAGCAAAUAGAGUCUGUUAGAUGUCAAGAUGACUUGUUUUGUGAAUGACCUUAUAGAGUGAGGGAAAAUAUGGAGGAUAAAUGACUGAAAGGGUUUAGUCAAGACUUCCAGUAACGUAAAAGACGGAGCACUGAACGCUCAUCAAUCAUAUUCAUUCUUUUGCCUGUAGGAUUAUAAUGAACAUUCUCAAGUUUACCAUCAAAUAUGUGAAACUCAUCUCGUCUUUCUACUGUAACUGUGAUACUGUGAUUGCCAGAACUACAGUGAUCCCUCCUUUCACAUUUGUAGUUAGACCAUGGACCGCUGUUUAGUUGUUUUUGGUUGACUGCUGUCUUGGAAAAACUGAUCAAAAACAAAAAAAUACACUGUAAACAAUUUUCUAAACACUGGUUUCAGUGCUGAGAAGAUGAAUUUUUAUACACUGGUUUUCCCAUUUAGACCAUGAAGUUACCUUAUACGUGUAAAGAGUGUCUUGCCAUAAGAGUACAGAUCUUUGUAUGUGCUAAAUAGUAGGACCAUCCAUAAAGCAGCUCAACUCAAAAUGGUGAUAAUAAAGACAGAGUAAGGGAGAGAGGAAACAAUUCUACAGAGAGGAGGGGGGGGGGGAGUUCAUAGAAGCUGCCUAAUGAAGACCUCAAGGAAUGAACCAGACAGUACCAGCAGAGCACAGUAAAACCAGACUACUUUUUGUGUGUGUGUCUGUGUGAAGGAGCCAAGCGCGUAUUAGCGAAUCACUUCGGCCCCACAGGCAACAUCUGUGGAA